AUGCCAAGUUUGAAGAGACUUACGAUUAGAAAUUGCCCGCUGUUGAAGGGCAUCGAUGAUGUUGACCAUCAUCGUGAUUCUUCACCGAUAGACGAAGAGGAUUGCGAGUGGCCUCAAUUUUGUUGUCUUGCUAACUUGUGCAUUGAGGGUUGCCUCAGGCUAACUCGGUUGCCCACUUUUCCUGCCGUUGAAGAGAAAAUGAAGUUCUCUGCGGCGAGUCUGGCACCAUUAGCUAGGACUAUGAAGAUGAAGAUGAGGAGAGAAGGAGGUGUUGGUUAUACAGAUGACUUUGAUGCAAAUAUCCAUCCUCUUCGUACUUCUUCUUCUUCCUCUUCUUCUUCGGCAUUGGUCCACCCACUCUCCAAGCUUACCAAGUUGAGCUUAAAGAGAAUCGAUGACGAUUUCGAAUCCCUACCAUAUCAUGAUUCGAGCAGUUGUCUCGUAUCUCUUCAGGAGUUGAGAAUUGGGGACUGUCGUGGAGGGGUAAAGCUUCCUAGUUCGUUGUGUUCCAGUGCGAGCUUGACGUUGAUUCACUUAAGAAAAUGUGAGAUGGUAGAGUUCCUGCCACCCCUACAUGGACUUCCAUCCUUGAAAGAACUAAUUAUUUGGUACUGUCCGAAUCUGAAGGGAUGUUGGUGGAAGAAAAGGAAGGGGAAUAAUGAUAAUUACGGCAAUGGUGGUGAUGAUGAUUAUUACAACUUUGAUCCUUCAAUGGAAGAGGAAAGGGAAGAUGAGGAGUGGCCCCGUUUCCCUUGUCUUUUGGCAUUGGAAAUUGCACAUUGUCCAAACCUGACUCGGAUCCCUCUGUUUCCAACGGUUGAAAGGUUGAUGCUGAUGGGAACCAGCUCAAAGGCGCUAGUGCGGACCAUGAAGAUGCAAGUGGCGGGAGCAGUUCAUCAUGAUUCUCAGCAACAUUCCACUACAACAGCAACUACCUCUCCUUCUUCCCAGAGGACUGCGCUGGAUAGACCGCUAUCUAACUUGGAAAUUUUGGCUCUUUGGGAUAUUGACGAACUGGAAUUUCUACCAGAAGAAGGCCUCUGCAACCUCACUUCUCUCCGUCUAUUGAAGAUUUCCUCAUGUCCAAGAUUAGCAAAUCUGCCUCCAGCAACACAACACCUCACCUCUUUACACAGAUUGGAUAUUUUUCAUUGUCCUAAGUUGACAAUAAGAUGCGGAAAGGGUGAAGGCGAAGACUGGCCCAACAUUUCCCACAUCCCCAAUAUAAAACUGGACGACAAUAUGCUCCAAGGUACAGGUUGGGUUCCCUGA